UUAACGUGCUGUGGGCAGACUACAGAGCGCCUAUCACAACCUCCUUGAAUCUCCGCCCCGCAGCUAUCAGCGCAACAAGUGCAUUGAUGCCGUCCAAUAACGACUCUCCGUUUGCGCAGAUCCACUGAUACUUGUGAGCUUUUCCAGAACCAGCAUUAAACUUUCAAACGAGUCCGUUUCAACUCCCAAAUCUGCCUCGUGAGCGCUUUAUUUCGAUCACGUGCCAUUAAGUCGCCUCAAGGAGUGUUCGGCUCGCGCAGUUUGUGGAUAGUUUGUCGUCCCGGUAAAUCUUUUGACUACGGGGUUUUCGUUUCUUUUUCACUUUGUACUAUCGCUGGGCUGCCUUCCGAUGAGGUAACAUGAGUAAUUUACUGGACCUUGAACUGUUGGAGGAGUUAGUCGUGGCUGGCGAGCAGAUACAAGCCGCACAAGUGUUGUGACACCGGGCCGAGACGCCACUGAAGAACUAUGAUAAAGGCUACCUUGUCUGGAUCACAGGGCUCCUCUAACACCAACGACCCACAAAAUGAUUCUUUCAAAGAGGAGCGGCAGAUGAAUCAAAGUCUCCAGUCUAGCUCGGGGGAGCAGAUCAAACCAGUCCUAUCUAAGCCAUGCUAUGAGGAGAACAGACUUAACAAACUAAAUUCUCAAGUCCAGUCCAUUCCUGAUGGGCAGGCCAAGCCGUACCCCUCUAGGGUUGUGCGUCUGUUUUCCACCCAGACAAAAUAUGAGGACAACGCUGCUCUAAGAGGUCCACCUGUAACACCCCAGGCAAGGUAUGGACUGGCUGGCCUUCGCACUAUGGGAUCUUUCAAAAAAUUGCGGUCUUCUGUGCUUCAAGGUAUCCAGAACAGGAGCAAUGCUUUGGCUGCCAGUCAGGAGAGAACUCUAUCCUCAAUGGGUAACACGGAUACUAACGGUUUCUUCGUAACCAAACGAGAGGUCACAACCAAUCAGAGAGCAUGUGCAGAAACUGAUAAACUGUCGAACGGGUCAUCCCAAACAAGGAAAAUUCCUUCAGCUUUGGAUGAGGAUGAAGAAUGUGAAGAGGAAGAAGGAGGGUUUCAGAGGAAUUCCCACUUCUCUCAGAGUAUCCGCAAGGCUUAUAGAGCAGGACGAAUUCCGUUGCAGGACAUAGUGCAGAGACAACCAGAGAGCCCAUCUACCAGUGAGUCCAAUCCCCAAUGUUGUCCAAGCAGUGAAGUGAAGUCCACUGUACCUUCAAAGGAUCUUAAAGCUCAAGAAAAUGUCAAGUUUCUACAUAGACUGAGCAAAAGUACUGAAAAUCUCCCUGCCUUCAAGAGUCCUUUUACACGCAAAUGGAGCUCAGCUGAGCCACAGAACCCAGACGUCACCACUUCUACAAUUCUUCAGAGGUCCGAAAGCGCCUCAUGUGUUGACCGUGGUUCAGGUAGAAGCCAAAGUCCCAUGAGAACACGAGGACCGCUGCUAAAACUUGUUGGCAGUUUAACGGACCUGUCUGUCAAAUCUAAAAACAACUCUGUCCCUGUCCCUAAUGUGCCACCGUCACCCCUAAGUCAGCUUCAUGAUGACUAUUCCCGCAGAACGCCUUGUGUUCCCACAACUGGACGUCAACGGAGGCCUUCACCUGCACCUAGCAGGCAGCAGGCGACGGAGGCAAACAUUCACCAACACAUCCCAACAUUACACCCUGCUCCCUCCUGCCCCGUCCUAAUUUGCUCUGCCCUAGAGGACUCUUUGGAGCCUCCUAGUAAAACAACAGCCCUCAUGAGUGACUCUGUGGCUGUGUACUCAACAGAUUCCUUCGCAGAUAUUCCAGUCCAUUCACUGGAAGGGCACUGUGAACCUAUGGAGUGCCAUCAAAAUGAGGCAAAUGACCACGUUUCUCAAAAGCACAUUCAGUGUUCAAGCUCCAGUCAAAUGCAGACAGCUAAUGACAAUUGCAUGGAGUGUAUAUGGAGCUCUGCACAAAAAGAAACGGAUGGCCUAGAGGCUUCCUCAGAAGUCUUGAAAGCUCUACUAAAGACAGAUGAUGAUAAAUCCACCCCUGCUUCACCUGUCAGAACCCCUUGUGCCGCAGAGUCCCCAUCUGCAACUACUCCAACAACACCAAACCCACCAGCCUAUGCCUGUGGCACACCCACUACCGUAGUGCCCAGAAAGAGGGCUGGUCGCUCCAGACCUCGGCCGGUGUCUGACUAUGGCCAUCUGGGCAGAUCAAAGUUUUGUAUCCCAGAGGAUAAAGAGACUGAGACUAUGGACUACACUUCCCAGAAGGACUGCAGUAGCAAUGGGAGCUACACAGAAAAUGGUAUACAAGAGAAUGGCGAUGUCUGUAGUACUCAAUCCCAGAGCAGAAAGAGGCACCCUUGUUCUGUUAUCGAAGGAAUGGAUCUAUAUUCAUCAAAGGCUGGCGAGCAGAAAGACGACACUGAAAGUUUGCCCUCUCCGGUUUCUCGUCCUCCAGUACCUUCCCAUGGAGUUCCUCCAUACCGGGCAGUAUCUGCCCGCCUGAGACCCUGCGUCUUUUCCCAAAGCACACCCAUUGGUCUGGAUAAAAUGGGAAGACGUAGACCUCACAGAGUGCUCAGCGAUGGUGGCACUAAUCCGAUUUUGGAUGAUAGCGUUAGCGAAGAGGACGGUAGCUUCGAAGAACUGACUGAAGGAACCCCAUACCUCCAACCAGAAGCCGAUCUAUUCACACUGAGUCAGUACAUAAACUCAGGCCAUGCUGUGUAUGCAGAGGCCUUGUGGGACCAUGUCACAAUGGAAGAGCAGGAGCUGGCGUUUAAAGCUGGGGACGUGAUACGAGUUUUGGAUGUUCGGGAGAAGGACUGGUGGUGGGGGAUGGUGGGGGACUGUGAGGCGUGGUUUCCUUCCAGCUUUGUGCGGGUUCGGGUAAAUCAGGAAGAUUCGAGCAGUGAUACCACAGAGAACGCAUUGGACACUGAAGAGUCCGUCCCCUCAGACACUUACAAACAAAGCUCUGAGCACAGAAAACAGAUGAGAGCUAAUGUGGUCAAAGAGAUAAUGGACACAGAGCGUGUUUACAUAAAGCAUCUCAAGGAUAUCUGCGAGGGAUAUAUACGCCAAUGUAGGAAGAACCCUGUGAUGUUUACUGAUGCACAACUGAAGACAAUCUUUAGCAACAUCGAGGACAUCUACAAGUUUCAGAGAAAGUUUCUCAAAGACCUAGAAAAGAAAUACAACACAGAAAACCCUCAUAUGAGUGAAAUCGGCUCCUGCUUUCUUCAACAGGGGGAAGGUUUUUCGAUAUACUCUGACUACUGUAACACCCACCCAGCAGCGUGUGCCGAAUUACAUCGCUUAAUGAAACAAAGCAAAUACAAACACUUUUUCGAGGCGUGUCGACUCCUACAGCAAAUGAUUGACAUUUCCAUCGCCGGCUUUUUACUCACUCCUGUACAAAAGAUCUGCAAAUACCCUCUGCAACUAGGAGAGCUGCUAAAAUACACACCCAAAGACCACAGUGAUUACUCAGGUGUGUGUGACGCAUAUACGGCAAUGAAGAAUGUGGCAAGUCUGAUAAAUGAGAGGAAAAGACGUCUUGAGAGCAUCGACACCAUUGCUCACUGGCAGGUGUCCAUCCUACACUGGGUGGGAGACGAUGUGUUAACACGGAGCUCAGAGCUCAUCCACUCAGGCGAGCUCACGCGGAUAGUACGGCACGGUAAGACGCAGCAACGCAGCUACUUCCUGUUUGACCACCAGUUGGUGUUCUGUAAGAAAGACGUCCUGCGAAGAGACCUGCUACAUUACCGUGGGCGCUUGGACUCGGACCACCUCGAGGUAAUCGACCUGCCUGAUGGACGGCACUCUGAUCUGGGCUUACUGAAGAACGCUUUCAUCCUGCGGCAUUCGGAGAACCUGGAGGUGCUAAGUGUGCUGUGCUGCAGAAAGAACCAGGACAAGCAGAGAUGGUUGCAAGCGUUUGCACGAGAACGGAGACGGGUACAGGAAGACCAAGAAAUGGGGAUGGAGAUUACGGAGGCUCAGAGGAAGCAAGCAGUUCAAAACGCUAGAAAAUCUAAACAAGGCAAAAUGAAAAAAAUGAAUUAUUCUAGUCAUCCCGUGCCUCCCCACCAUCAGUCGCUACACCCUCUCCAUCAGCGACACGUGACCGUCCCAACCAGCAUCCCGCAGCAACAGGUCUUCACUUUAGCAGAGCCAAAGAAGAAACCGGCACAGCUGUGGUACUCAAUUGCACGCAGCGUCUUGUUCAGAAAAAGUGAAGAUUCAUAAACAAUGCAAUAUUACAGGACUGUUUUGCGUUAUUUUCCAAUGCAAACACGUGUGUAUAUUUUAUUAUAUACAUAUAAGUAGGUAUGUGUGUGUGUGUUUUGAGUAUACAGGCUCAGUAUGUAUACUCAAAUUUGUUUGCCUGAGUGUUUUUGUUAAGGAACGGUGGUGGGAAAGGAGAGAAAUUGAGUUUAGUGUUAGUGCUGAAACUAAGUGUUAAAUCCUUUUUUAUUGUAAUUUUAUUGGUGGUCUAAAAGCUGCUUAUGUAAGUUCACCCAUUCUUGCCACCUCACCCAAAUGUGUGUCAGUUUUGACAAUGAUGUAUAUUCAGCAUCCUAGUUACGUGUCUGUAUAUUUUUAUUGCUAUACUUAAGGCUGGAGCCUUUUUUAGAAAGCAAAUGAUUAUGUUUAAAUAAAUGUACAAAGUCUGUGCCUA